AUGGUGUUUAACAAAAUAGCAAAUGCCAAAAGUGCAAAAGAAGCAUGGAACACGUUGAAGCUAUCAUACAAAGACGUAGAUAAAGUUCAGAAAGUAAAAUUACAGUCUUUGAGAAGAGAAUAUGAAAAGUACGAGAUGUCUAGCUCAGAAACUAUUGAACAAUAUUUUACUCGUGUUACAGAUCUUGUCAAUAAGAUGAGAGUCUAUGGAGAAGAUAUGUCCAAUAGUAAAGUGGUGGAGAAAAUUCUUCGCACCAUGCCGAUGAAAUAUGACCAUGUGGUGACUACGAUACUAGAGUCACACGAUAUGGAUACCAUGACGAUCGCAGAGUUGCAAGGAACCACGGAAAGCCACAUUAGCAGAAUAUUGGAGAAGUAA